UGAUGACCUCACCUUGUCCCUCCGGAGCCCUCUUCUUUCCCUUUAAAAGGAUGAAAAAAGGAGUCAAAUGAUCAGUAAAGCAGUCAGAGCCUCAGAAGCUAUUGAACAUCAUCCAAAAGCCUGCUUCCUUCCUACUGGAACCAUGAAGCUUUUUGGAGUGCCCAUGAUCCUCCUCACUGCUUGCUUCAUCUGUCAGGUCUAUACUCUACCAGAUGGAGUCUCUGCUCCAGAAAAUUGCUGCUUUGAAUUUACCAACAAGAAGAUACCCUUGAAAUUGCUGGUCAGCUACAAGAACACCAACAGCAUGUGCUCCAAGGAAGCAGUGAUCUUUGUGACCCGACGUAACCUUAACAUUUGUGCUAACCCAAAGGAUCAGUGGGUCCAGGAUCUUACAAAGAAACUAGAUGAUAUGAAAACUAAGACCACGCAGCCUAUGAAGACCUUAACCACUUCCUCUUAUCCCAAUCUGACCUUGAACCAAACCAGGAAUGAAGAAUAAUUUAUUUUUUCCUUCCUCCCAUAGUUGUUCUCUGAGACAUUCAUUAUAAUUUAAAUGUUUACUUUUAUUUAGAUUAUUAUUAUUUAAUUUAAUGUGCCAUAAAUAUUUGUGCCUUUAUUUUUAUUUAUUUUUCUUUGUAACCACCUCUUGAGCAAGUCAUUGAAUAUCUAUGGGACUUAGUUAUCUCCUUUAAAAAUGGGGGAAAUUCUUCUCUCACAGGAGAAAGUUGCAAGAAUUUGUUUGAAUGACGUUUGAGUUGUCUGGGGAAAUGUUAUUAUGGAAAAAUAGGCUUUUGUUUGUAAAUUGUCAACUGCAUUUUUUUCUUUGUAUGUGUCUGCAUGUGUGGAGAGAAGAAAUCACCUAAUAUGGGAGGGCGCUGACAUGAUGGGGUAGAGUGGAGAGCAGGUUCUAAAAGAAUAAAGAACUAUAUUUGUGACAUCA